AUGUAUAGCGUAUCGUAUCAUGGACUACGAGAUAAACGGUAUACUGACAAGGGAGAAAAGUUACUAGAAGGCUUGAUCAUGACGGUCAGACCACCGGAAGUCGGAAAAUUUCUUUCUUUCGAUCAUCUAACAUUUUGGGUCGGUAAUGCUAAGCAGGCUGCUUCUUAUUACUGUACAUGCUUCGGAUUUGAACCAUUUGCGUACAGCGGGCUAGAAACAGGUGAAAGAAAUGUCGUUUCGCAUGCAGUGAAACACGAUAAGAUCAUCUUUGUCUUUCAAUCUGCUCUAAACCCUGGUAGUGAUGAAAUGGGCAAACACUUGGUUAUUCAUGGAGAUGGUGUUAAGGACAUUGCUUUUUCGGUUGAAGAUUGUCGUGGCAUUGUAGAGAAAGCAAGGCAGAAAGGUGCUAAAAUUGUUCGUGAACCUUGGGAGAAAAGCGAUGAAUUUGGAUCCGUGACAUACGCUAUUGUACAAACGUAUGGCGACACAACUCAUACAUUCGUUGAGAGAACUAACUAUAAGGGACCAUUCUUGCCGGGAUAUACGACCGACGUUUUCAGAAACCCACUUCUUGACACACUUCCAAAGCCUGGACUUCGAUUCAUUGAUCACGUAGUGGGUAACCAGCCUGAUGAUGAAAUGGUAACCAUUGCUGACUGGUAUGAAAAGAACUUGUUAUUUCAUCGUUUCUGGUCCGUUGAUGACAGCGUUUUACACACUGAUUAUAGCUCCUUACGAUCGAUUGUGGUUACAAACUACGAUGAAACCAUAAAAAUGCCGAUUAAUGAGCCCGCAUCGGGCAAAAGGAAGAGCCAGAUUGCUGAAUACGUAGAUUAUUAUGGUGGAGCAGGUGUACAACAUAUUGCUCUCAACACCAGUGAUAUCAUAAGCGCGAUUACAACUUUAAAGAGCCGCGGGGUAGAAUUCUUAGAAGUACCUGAUAGCUACUUUAAUAUGCUGAGAGAAAGAUUGAAAACAUCUCCCGUGAAGAUUGAAGAAUCUAUGGAUAAGCUACAACAACUGAAAAUCUUGAUUGAUUACGACGAUAAUGGCUACCUCUUGCAGAUAUUUUCGAAGCCAGUUCAAGAUCGCCCGACUUUGUUCAUUGAAAUUAUACAACGUCAUAAUCAUACUGGUUUUGGUGCCGGUAAUUUUAAAGCUUUAUUUGAAGCUAUUGAACGGGAACAAGACAAAAGAGGCAACUUGGUUUAACUUGAUUAUGCUUAAAUAUGAUAGAUUUAUCUGCUGCAAUCUAAAACAUUGGUUAAUCGUGUAAAAAAAGCGAUUCGUUAGUAAAAUGCAGCGUCAGAUAGUAAUAUAUAAUUAUUGCUACUAAAACUUAAGGAUAACUAAAGAUCUUAGACUAGCUGUCACUUGAUGGAUUAUUUUCGAUUGCAAAUUAUAUCUUUGUUUACAAAUGAUAAUAAAAUCUGUCUGGGCCGCUAGAAUAUUCUGUAGUUUCUAGUAAAAGUAAAUGUUUUGUAAAACAAAAUUUUUAAUGACAUGACAAGUUUCAUUGCGGCUUAUGUGGUUAGUAAGAUAGUGUAGUAGGUGGUUAUGAUAACGUUUUAUUCUUUUACUGUACUUUUUAGUUUUGGAUAGCAUUACAUGAAUGGAACAUAUGCAGUAAGAAUAUUCAUGUUAUGAUAAUCGUAAAGGUUAAGUACGGCAUUGCUGACCGGACGAAUGUGCAAUGGCUCAUGUCAGUCUAAAUAAGCUGGAAAACGUACCGUAAACUAUUGACUUUUAGGGAAAUUUAAAGGGUAGAGAUAAUCGAAUAAAAUUUCC